AUGACGCGCUGCUUUUCAGCCGAGCCGAACUCCACAGAUCUCCAGUCAUCGACACCUCCUGAGCAGCCGCCACAGCCGGCCCCGCACGUGUGGUGCGUGAGGCUCGGUGACAUAUGCCAGCUGCCGCAGUUGCCCAAGCCGUACAUGGACGACAGCCAUUACAUAAAAUGCAUCAAGCCUGAUGUCGACGAGAAGAUCUGGCCAUGGAAGUCGCUGGGAAACUGGACAUUAGAAACGUGCCCAGAGGGAAGCAAAUAUUCACCCGUGGAUAUGACCUGCAAUCCUCCCAAACGAUUGCAGAGGCGUCAGGUUGGAGGAUAUCCGUCGAAUACGUACCAAGUAGGAGCAAAUGCCAGAGGCCCAUGCGUUUGCCCGUACCAGGGCAGUUCUGGAUAUAGCUCCCCCGGACAGAGCAGUGGUUAUGUUAGCAGCCCUCCUAUCAGCGGCUACAACAGUAAUCCUCCAUACAGCAGUCAGCGCGGCUAUCCAGGUAGCGAUCAAAGUAAAUACCAGUCGAAUCAGGGAUACCCUAGUUCUGGUUCAGUGGGAUAUCCAAAUUUAGGAUCGGGCGGAUAUCCAGGUACCGGCUCAUCAGACUCUUGUCCGUGCAUCGUUCAGCCUCAGCCUGUAUCACCACCAUCAAUGGGAUCAGGUCCACCUUACGGAGCUCCUGGAUCGGGCGUUUCACAGUUAAGUCAGCCGUAUCCACCAGUGAACAACGCCAUUUACCCUUGCCCAACUGUGAGCAACAAUGGAGUUCCGGGAGCACAGCCGAAUGGUACUUGCAGCUGGAUGCUCGCCGAACUGGUUGCAAAUCCGAUGUCAAGAAAAACGUAUCUUCAGUGCGUUCCGGUACAGAGCUACCUUUACUGCGGCCGUUGGAUGGUUAGACCAUGUGAAGAAGACCUCAUUUUCAACCCUAGCCUACAAGUCUGCGUUCAACCUGAUUAUCAAGGUCUCGGUUCUUCGUUAGGAGCUGGUACUGGAGGGUAUAAUACAGGUUUGCAGGCUCCGAGUCGAAAUGCACCUUAUCAGCCCGCUCCUUCGUAUGGUGCCGGCGGAAGCGAAUGGUCAGGAGGUCAAACCUAUCAAAGUCCAGGCCAAGGCUAUUCAAACCAAGGCCAGGGUUACCAAGGCCAGAGCCCGUACGGAGGCGGCUAUCCAUCAGCAAGCAGCGUGUCUUCAAACGCCCUUCCGUCUUACAGUCCCCCGGCUCCUAUGCCAUCUUCCGUUUCAGUUGGAGGAAUGCCUUAUGGUCAGCCGUCCGCAUGGUGUAAUCCACAAAACAUAGUUGGGCCAUGUAACGUUUUCAACGCCUGUCCCGGAUUUUCUCAGUGCAUGGCUAUCUCCAGCUACGCUGCCAAAAAUGACGUACCGAAAAAUGGCGUUCACGGUACUUUGGUCUUGAAACUGAAGUUCGACGGUGAAGUUCAGGAAAACGGCGAUGGUGCUUCCAAAACCAACCCGAACACAAUCUGCUGUUCGGCAGUAGAACCAGCAAAAAAUGUCUUGAUUAGUGGAAGAGGACUAGAUUUGCGAACCAGGCCAAAAAAAUUCAGGAUCAGCAAAUGUGUCCCCGUUGAUAAAAAGCCAAAGGAAUCUACUCGUCAUUCCCAUACCGUGUUAACGAAGAACCAGGCGACUAAUGAAGCGGAAGAACGAAACAUUCACCCAAUACGUAACGAGUGGUGUCAGCAGAUGGACAGAAGGUAAGU